AUGGUAUUUUCUGUGAAGAAAAUUAAUGAAGACAUCCAGCUCUUACCUAAUAUCACUUUGGGCUUCAUAGUCCAUGAUAGGCAUGCUGGUUAUCAUGCCAAAAUGGAACUUUUCUCUAGUCAGAACAGCUAUGUCCCCAAUUACAAGUGUGGCAUCCUGAACAAACUCAUAUCAGUUGUUGGGAAUAUUGAUUCAGGACUCUUUAGUGAUAUGGCAACUAUUUUAGAUGCUUACAAAAUUCCACAGUUCCCAACUGUCUCUUCCCAAUAUGAAAGCCAUUUUUACUACCGCAUGGUUCCAGGUGAAGAACUUUAUUACAGGGCAAUUAUUCGACUACUUGCACACUUCAGGUGGACUUGGGUUGGAGUACUUGGAUCAAUAUCUGAUACUCUAAUGUAUUCAAAGUUUUAUCUCCAUGGCAUCUGCAUUGCCUUCUUUAAAAAAUUCAAACCACUUUACAUCAACAAUUUUUUUGAUAAUCUGAAAUGGCUUGUUGAAACCUUUCACCUUCUUAUUAAAAGCAAAGCCAAUGCUGUAAUACUUGAUGAUGAGAAUCUUUUAAAUGUGAGAUGGUUGUUACGUCUACCUGAAAUGGAAAUAGUUUCUGUAAAGCCGAAAGGUAAGGUAUGGAUCGUGGCUUCUCAAAAGGGUCUUGCAUCAUUCUUUUACCAAAAAAGCUGGGAUGUCGAAGUCUUCCAUGGUGCUUUGACCUUUGCAACUUACUCAAAUGAAAUUCCAGGGUUCCAACACUUUCUCCAGACAAGAAAUCAUUUCUCCUACAAAGGGGAUGGUUUUGUCAAAAAUGUGUGGGAACAAGCAUUUGGCUGUGCGGUCCCAAAUCCAUCUGAGAAUGAGGAAACUGAGGAUGUCUGUACAGGGAAGGAGAAACUGGAUAGCCUUCCUGGGACUUUUUUUGAAAUGAGGAUGACCAGUCAUAGUUACAGUAUAUACAAUGCAGUGUAUGCUGUGGCAUAUGCUCUACAUGCCAUGACAUUUGGCCAACCACAGAGAAGAAAGUUGAAUAGCAAAAAACUAAAUCUAAAGGAUCUCCAACCAUGGCAGCUUCAUUUCUUUUUGGAAAGAGUCUCAUUUAAUAACAGUAUUGGGGAUGAAAUUUCCUUUGAUGAGAAUAGAGAACUGAUUACAAAACUGGAUAUGGAGAACUGGGUCAUAUUCCCCAACCAGUCCUUUCAUCGAGUGAAAGUUGGGAAGCUGGAUCCCUGGGCUGCUGAAGACCAAAAGUUCUCCAUUCAUGAGGAAGCCAUCACUUGGCCCAGCACUUUCAACCAAAAUCUGCCCAUUUCCACGUGUACUGAGAGCUGCCUCCCUGGUUAUUUUAGGAAAAAGCAGGAAGACAAGCCAUUUUGCUGCUAUGAUUGCCUUCGAUGUCCCAAAGAGAAAAUAUCAAGCCAGAAGGACAUGAAUGAUUGCCUGAAAUGCCCAGAAGAUCAAUAUCCAAAUAAGAAUCAAGAUUCAUGUACUCCAAGGAAAAUAUCUUUCUUGUCCUAUGAAGAACCAAUGGGAAUAAGUUUAGUUAUUCUGAUACUUUUCUUUUCUCUCUGCACAAUUGUGGUGCUCACAACUUUUUUGAAAUGUCACCAUACUCCCAUUGUCAAGGCUAAUAAUCGAAAUCUCUCUUAUGUUCUACUCAUCUUCCUCCUCCUCUGCUUCCUUUGCUCACUGCAAUUCCUUGUUGUACCAGGCAAUAUAAUAUGUCUCCUCCGACAAAUUAGCUUUGGCAUCAUCUUCUCAGUGGCUGUGUCUUCUGUUCUGGCAAAAACCAUCACUGUGGUUCUCGCAUUUAUGGCCACCAAGCCAGGAUCAAGGAUGAGGAAUUGGGUGGGAACAAGACUGGCAACCUACAUUGUUCUUUCUGGUUCCCUGAUCCAAGCAGGCAUCUGCAUGGUGUGGCUGUUCACAUUUCCCCCUUUCCCUGAUGUUGACACCCAUUCAGAAAUUGAGACAAUCCUAUUGCAGUGCAACGAAGGCUCAGUGACUAUGUUCUAUUGUGUCCUAGGCUACAUGGGUUUUCUGGCAGCUGCCAGUUUCACAGUAGCUUUUUUCUCCCGAAAUCUUCCCAGCAGUUUCAAUGAGGCCAAAUGUCUCACAUUCAGUAUGCUUAUAUUCUGCUGUGUGUGGAUCUCCUUUGUUCCAUCCUAUCUAAGCACCAAAGGCAAGUACAUGGUGGCUGUGGAGGUCUUCUCCAUUUUGGCCUCCAGCGCUGGAUUGCUAGUCUGCAUAUAUUUUCCCAAAUGUUAUAUAAUUAUUAUUAAACCAGAGCUAAACAACAAGGAACAUUUAAUAAAGAGAAACAUUUAA